UACGGAAUGGAUCUGCAUUCAUUUAGUACUCCAUUAUUCUUCUAGUCUUACCUCUCUUUGAUCUUCUUCAGAGGAGUUGUAAAAAGAGUGAAGGGUUUUCGAUUUCUUCCUUGAAUUUCGUCUUCCUCCUCAUUCAAUCAGGAAAUGCGAACAAACCUAGACACAGAGAAAGAGGAGAUCCAACAAAAUUCUUUACAUUCUUUUUAGGUUUUCAAUUUUUCUGAUGAUUUAUGUCUCUCUCUCUACUUGAAAUCUGAAAUCAAAUUGAGAGAAGAGAAAAGAGAAUGUUGAAGUUGAGAGCAUUUAGACCAGCAAAUGAUAAGAUCGUUAAAAUUCAGCUUCAUCCUACCCAUCCAUGGCUUGUUACUGCUGAUGCUUCUGAUCACGUUGCUGUCUGGAAUUGGGAGCAUCGACAGGUAAUUUAUGAGUUAAAAGCAGGUGGAGUUGAUGAAAGGCGUUUGGUUGGAGCCAAAUUGGAGAAGCUGGCUGAGGGCGAAUCCGCAGAGUCUAAAGGAAAACCCACUGAGGCCAUUCGUGGAGGAAGUGUAAAGCAGGUAACCUUUUAUGAUGACGAUGUCCGAUUUUGGCAACUUUGGCGGAAUCGCUCUGCAGCUGCUGAGGCUCCAUCUUCUGUUAACCAACACUCCUCGUCUUUUAGUUCUCCUGCAUCGUCCACCAGAGGAAGGCAUUUUCUUGUCAUUUGCUGUGAGAAUAAAGCCAUAUUUUUGGAUUUGGUGACCAUGCGCGGCCGUGAUGUGCCAAAGCAGGAUCUUGAUAACAAGUCUCUUCUGUGUAUGGAGUUUCUGUCAAGAUCUGGUGCUGGUGAUGGACCUCUUGUUGCUUUUGGUGGAUCCGACGGUGUUAUUCGAGUUCUUUCAAUGAUAACAUGGAAGCUAGUCCGAAGGUACACUGGUGGUCAUAAAGGUUCCAUAUCUUGCUUGAUGACAUUCAUGACUCCUUCUGGUGAGGCGCUUUUGGUUUCUGGUGCUAGUGAUGGUUUACUUGUGCUAUGGAGUGCUGACCAUGGUCAAGACUCACGCGAACUUGUGCCCAAGCUAAGUUUGAAGGCACAUGAUGGUGGCGUUGUGUCUGUUGAGCUUUCUAGGGUGAUGGGGGGUUCGCCACAGCUGAUCACUAUUGGUGCAGAUAAGACAUUAGCAAUCUGGGAUACCAUCUCUUUUAAGGAGCUCAGGCGUAUUAAACCUGUCCCGAAACUUGCUUGCCAUAGUGUGGCAUCUUGGUGCCAUCCCCGAGCUCCCAACCUUGAUAUAUUGACUUGUGUCAAGGAUUCUCAUAUUUGGGCUAUUGAGCACCCUACAUAUUCUGCUUUGACGAGGCCGUUGUGUGAGCUUUCUUCUCUCGUUCCUCCUCAAUUGCUCGCAUCCACCAAGAAGCUUAGGGUUUACUGCAUGGUUGCACAUCCUUUGCAGCCCCAUCUUGUUGCAACUGGCACCAACAUUGGUGUUAUUCUUAGUGAGUUCGAUGCAAGAUCUCUUCCAGCUGUGGCUUCUUUACCAACACCAUCGGGAAGCAGAGAGCACUCUGCUGUGUACGUAGUUGGAAGGGAACUUAAGUUAUUGAACUUCCAGUUAUCAAACACAGCAAAUCCAUCUCCUGGUUCCUUAUCUGAAACAGGAAGAUCCAGAACUGAGUCAUUAGAGCAAUUACAUGUCAAGCAGUUGAAGAAGCACAUUAGUACACCUGUUCCUCAUGAUUCUUAUUCGGUUCUUUCUGUUAGCAGUUCAGGGAAGUAUCUUGCGAUUGUGUGGCCUGAUAUCCCUUAUUUUUCGGUUUACAAGGUUAAUGAUUGGUCAAUUGUUGAUUCGGGAACGGGAAGGCUUUUUGCAUGGGAUACUUGUAGUGACAGGUUUGCUUUGCUGGAGUCAGCGUUGCCUUCAAGACUACCAGUAAUUCCCAAACCAGGUUCCUCAAGAAAAGCGAAAGAAGCUGCUGCCGCUGCAGCGCAAGCAGCAGCAGCUGCUGCUUCUGCAGCUUCUUCUGCUACUGUCCAAGUGCGUAUCGUACUUGAUGAUGGAACAUCAAAUAUCUUAACAAGGUCUAUUGAUGGUCGCAGUGAACCGGUUAUUGGUCUUCAUGGAGGUGCAUUGCUUGGUGUUGCUUAUCGAACAUCACGCCGGAUUAGUGCUGUUGCUGCCACAGCAAUUUCAACACAGUCUAUGCCAUUGUCAGGCUUUGGUAAUAGUGGAAUUUCGUCCUUCACUACAUCUGAUGAUCCGUUUUCUUCAAACAAAUCAAGUGUUGCUGAAGCUGUCCCACAGAAUUUCCAGCUUUACAGUUGGGAAACUUUUCAGCCAGUCAGUGGCCUUCUUUCCCAGCCAGAAUGGACUGCAUGGGACCAAACUGUCGAAUAUUGUGCUUUUGCUUACCAGCAGUAUAUUGUGAUAUCUUCUCUGCGCCCUCAGUAUAGAUAUCUAGGGGACGUGGCAAUCCCCGGUGCUACUGGUGCUGUUUGGCAUCGGAGACAGCUGUUUGUGGCUACACCAACUACCAUUGAGUGCGUUUUUGUGGAUGCUGGAGUUGCACCUAUUGAUAUAGAAACAAAAAGGAGAAAAGAAGAGAUGAGAAUGAAAGAAGCACAGGCCAGAGCUGUUUCUGAGCAUGGAGAGUUAGCACUAAUCACUGUUGAUGGCCCACAAGCUGCUACAAAUGAAAGAAUCUCAUUGAGGCCCCCAAUGCUGCAGGUAGUGAGGUUAGCGUCGUUUCAGCAUGCGCCUUCUGUGCCACCGUUUUUAUCUUUGCCAAAGCAAUCUAAAGUAGAUGGAGAGGAUUCAGGUGUCCCAAAAGAUAUGGAAGACAGAAAGGUCAAUGAGAUUGCAGUCGGUGGUGGAGGGGUCUCUGUGGCUGUGACUCGUUUUCCUGCAGAACAGAAACGCCCAGUAGGACCACUUGUUGUUGUAGGUGUCAGGGAUGGAGUGCUUUGGCUCAUUGACAGGUACAUGCGUGCCCAUGCCUUGGCCCUAAGCCAUCCCGGUAUUCGUUGCCGAUGUCUUGCUGCCUACGGAGACGCUGUUAGUGCUGUGAAAUGGGCAAGUAGGCUUGGUAGGGAGCACCAUGAUGAUCUGGCACAAUUCAUGCUCGGCAUGGGUUAUGCCACUGAAGCACUUCACUUGCCUGGAAUUUCUAAAAGAUUGGAGUUUCAUCUCGCAAUGCAGAGCAAUGAUUUGAGAAGAGCUCUUCAAUGUCUUAUAACAAUGAGCAACAGCCGAGAAAUCGGACAAGAAAAUAUUGGCCUGAAUGUAUCUGAAAUUCUUAGUUUAACAGUUAAAAAUGAAAAUCUUGUGGAAGCAGUGCAAGGAAUAGUGAAAUUCGCAAAGGAGUUCUUGGAUUUGAUUGAUGCAGCAGAUGCUACUGCACAAUCUGAUAUUGCUCGUGAGGCUCUGAAGAGGUUAGCUGCUGCAUGUUCUGUGAAAGGUGCUGUACAUGGUCCUGAAUUGAGAGGCCUAGCCCUGCGUCUUGCAAAUCAUGGAGAGUUGACCAGGCUAAGUGGUUUGGUGAAUAAUCUGAUCACAUCAGGUCAAGGCCGCGAGGCGGCAUUUUCAGCUGCAGUCUUGGGUGACAAUGCACUCAUGGAAAAGGCAUGGCAGGACACAGGAAUGUUGGCAGAGGCUGUUCUCCAUGCCCAUGCACAUGGAAGACCGUCAUUAAGGAACUUAGCUCAGGAAUGGAACAAGAUGCUGCAGAAAGAACUCGAACAUAUCCCAACCACAAAAACGGAUGCUGCAGCUGCGUUUCUGUCUUCUCUCGAGGAACCCAAGCUUACAAGCUUGGCUGAAGCAGGGAAGAAACCACCAAUUGAAAUUCUUCCUCCGGGAAUGGCAUCUCUAUCUGCUGCACCAAUUACUAUUCAGAAGAAACCCACUGCUGCCGCUCUUGCUGCCACUGCUGCAGCUGCCUCUCAGGCAGCUUCCUUACAGCAGCCAAGCAAGCCACUGCUAUUAGAAGGUGGUGCUCCAGAUGCUGCCGUUCCACAAGAGGGUUAUCCUUCACCAGUUCAGCCAUCAGCCGAGCUUCCUGUAAGUGAUUCUUCAGUUGCCUCAGCACCUGCAGGUUCUGCCGUGGCUCCAGGAGUAGUUUCUUCUGGAGAGAGUGAUCAGAAUCCCGAUCCUGUUCCCGUUCCAGAAAAUACUAAUACUGGUAGUCCUAGUACUGCACCACCACCACCCGAAGCAAUUAGCACAAAUACAGAUGUGGAGCAACCUAUGACGGCCACUGCUGCUACCGCUUCCCAAUAUAUGGUAGAGGAGGACUUUAUGUGGGUUGUUCAUCCUACUACACCAUCGCCAGGACCUCAUGAACCUCCUCUUUCUUGAAUAGUGAGUUAUAAACAGCUAAUUAGCUGGGAAGAUUGGGUGGGCAGUUAAUUCUUUUAAAUUCAGAAUUUCAAUGCAUGUCGCCUUCUUCCCAUGACAGAUAUCAUUAGUAGAUCAGUAUUACUAUGGCUGGCGUUUAUUCCUUUUAGAGUGCUCUUCGAUCAAAUUAUACCAUGUUGUGUCUGUAAAUUUCUAUUCAUUGUAUUUGUUAUUAUUUGCAAUACAAUUUCCUGCUGUCUUAGUAUAGCAGAUAUGUAGUCUGCUGGUUGUAUUUUCUCUGUUUUGAGUAGAGUAUUGAGUCUGUUUUUGUUUUUCACUGUUGUUGUAUAUUUCAGACUCAGUGACAGUUGUAGAACUUAUUUUGGGCUCAAGUUUGUUGUAACCGUGUUCCUUUUCUUGUUUGCUUUUCACGAACGCCUGCAGUUUGAAUCUCAGAAACUUGUGUAUUUUUUU